UGUUUUGUGUGUGACCGUUUUGUCAAUUUAUUUGCCAGAAAGUUGCCAUUUCCCGAUUUAAAAGCAACUGUAACCAUGGGUGCCAUGAACACUCACCUCCUCGGAGAAUACUUUGACGGAAUCACAUCCAACACGCCGCUGAAAUCCGAUUAUGAUCACCACAAAGUCCUGGCGGUAGAUCCGCGUUCUCCCACUUCUGAGAUUACCAGGACCCCGAUUCAGGUUGACAAGACGCCCGCCCCUGCUGCUCCAUCACUCAUUGAUCCUCGAUCUCCAUCUUGUGGAAUCUGCCGAACUCCGCUUUACCAAGAAAUUCAAGAAGAGACAACGGUAAAACAAUUGAACGGUUCCUACCUCCCACUCGAUCUGGACCAGGACACCACCGAUGACUUCUCCGACUACCUGGACCUCAGCGACCCAACCACCCACUUACACUCCACAGCAUCCGGCCCAAGUUUGCUCAGUGCAUCCGAUGACCUGGACAUCGAGGAGGAGAGCGAGGGGGAGCAUGAGUUGCAGCGAUCAAUUUCCGACCCUGAGUUGUCCACGGAUCAGAUCUGUCUUAUUGACAGAAGGCAGUCGGAAUCUGGUCUUGAAUUCAACAUGAAGUCCUUCCACCAAAGCUUCAGAAAGAAGGCGAAAAAAAUGGUGUCUAAAAUAUCUCCAAACAAAUCCAAAUCGACGAGUUCACCUAGCGUCUAUCAACCAACUAAGCCAAGGAGGAGUCUAGGAGACAUCACGUCUCUCCGAUCACCUCUUGCCACGAAAAAUGUUGAUGUCAAUUCCCCUCUUUCGAUCGUGCAGCGUAAACAAGCCAGCAAGCUCAACGUGUUUCGCAGACAUUCGACUCCGGACGGGAAGCAGGGAUUUGCCAAGAAAUAUAGCAUGAUGUCAUUGGACGAUAAGGAGAAUCUUCCAUUUGAAAGUUAAGACUAUUCAUUGAACAUUUGAUAAGGAGAAUCUCCCGUUUGAAAGUUAGGGCUGCCCGGUUGAACAUUUAUUGAGGAGAAUCUCGUGUUUGAAAGUUGAGACUGUCCGUGGCCCAUUUGAUACGGAGAAUCUCCGAAAGUUAGGACUAUCCAUCAAAUAUUUGAAUACUUUGUGAAAUGAACUGCACACUUAGUGCCUCUUUCCAGUUUGCAUUUAUCAGAACUUGGAAAAACCUUGUUAUAAAUCAUGAAUCUUGUUAGGCUAUGCCAUUACUGUAGUCGGUCAUGUAUAUUUUCUAUCUUGUAUGUAUGAAGUUGAAACUUAUUUCUCAUGAAUGAGUGGGUUGAAUGUUUUGAAUGUUGAUACUUUGCUUGAGGGACAACAAAUUUUCAACCCGAAAGGAAAAAGAAUGCUUGUACUAUAUAUGCACGCCAAUAACAGUUAGUUUGGGGAACAUUUUAGAUGUUUAUAACAGCCUGUAUUUUUUCAUUCGGGCAUUGUUUGUGUGAUAGAGUUCGUAUUUAUUUUCUACUGAUGGUCUUGUCAAUUGAGAACAUUUAGGGAGGGGGUUGCAAAAUUUGUGAAAAGUGGAAGGUGUGAAUGUUUGUAAAAAGUGCUAUGAAUGAACCUGCAGAAAUCCCAAAAUCUAAAAAUGUUCUGGACCAUUUUAGGCUUUCUUUGUGAGAUGGAGUGUAAGCGUUAUUGAAGUCAGUAAAUUCCAUGAACAAUACUGGCAUUAGCAUUAAAGGUUUCAUUACUUUAGUGGGCUUCAUUUUAUCAACCCAAUAUGAAAAACUGGAAACCCAAAAUAUCCUUUUUAGAUCAGGACGUAUUUUUAUUUUGAACAUUUUCAAAUGCAGAGACAAGUGCAUCUUCAGCACUGUGUCUUGGCCUACUCCCUUGAAGAGGUUAUGAUAUUACAAGAAAGACUAACGACUGGAGUCAUAUCACCAAGAGUUGUCUUUAUGACGUCUUGGUAUCACCAAUGAAUAAAGCCCGGCUCCUGUGCAUAUAUAUUCUUGCAUGCUGUGAAAGCAUAGGAGUACUUCGUUAGUUGUUCACUGGUAAAUUUUCUUGUUGAAUGGUUACAAAUGAAAUGUAGUGAACUCUUGUACAAAUCUAAUAAACUUAUUGCUGU